AUGUCUGCGGAUCCGUAUGAUUCGGAUGCUACUAUCUCAUGGCAUGGAUGGGACCAUUUGGAAGAUGGCCAAAUGACGACUGCACCGCCGGUGCCAGUUGUCCCAGCAAUUCCAGCAUCCCCAGCGGUCCAGCAGCAGCCGCGCGACGAACCGUUGGACAUGUACAUGGGGAUGGAUGCAGAUACCAGGGAGGAGUUCAAGGAAAUGCUAAUCAAUUUCUCCCGCAAGAUGAUGUUCGUCUCUGGUGAAACUGCCGAACCGUCUGUUGAGACCACGACUCUCAUUGAAGAUAUUGUGCGCCAGCAAGUUGUCGAAAUUCUCGCAAGAAGCACUGCCCUAGCGACUCGUCGCGGCGUGCGAUCUAUCUCUACCGAUGACUUGAUCUUUCUCAUUCGCCAUGACAAGGCCAAGGUGUCGCGUCUCAAGACGUUCCUGUCCUGGAAAGAUGUCCGCAAGAACGUCAAAGACUCCGACGACAAAGGCGGCGCUGAUGCUGCAGACUUCGCAGGAGCUGAUGACCCCAUCGCCGGCGGAGUCGUCGCAGGACCGCAGGAUGUUGCGUCAAAGCCCAAGAAUAAGCGUGCUCGCGUUGGUCUCGCCUGGGACGUGAACAGCUUCUACUCGGUGCAGGUUCCCGAACGCGAGGACGAAGAAGAUGAAGAAGAGGAAGAGCAGAACUACGCUACGCUCCAGCGCCUCGCCGCGGCCGAUGAACGUACCAAGAACAUGACCAAGGAAGAGUAUGUGUUCUGGUCAGAAUGUCGCCAGGCUUCGUUCACCUACCGCAAGAGUAAACGGUUCCGCGAGUGGGCCGGAUUCGGCAUUGUGACUGAGUCCAAGCCCAACGACGAUAUCGUUGAUAUUCUUGGUUUCUUGACGUUCGAAAUCGUGCAGACUCUGACCGAGGAAGCACUCAAGGUCAAGGAGCGGGAAGACCGCGAGAAGAACCGUCGUGGAGGUGGUGAGAACGGCGAGAGCAGUAAGAAGCGUACACGCGAGACUGGAUUGUUCGAUCCCCCUGAGGAGGGUCGUACCCCGGUUGAAACCAGACAUAUUCGCGAAGCGUAUCGGAAGCUGCAGGCGACUCCUAAUAAGAACAUUGCGAUGUUGCUGCACAAUGGACGCCUGCCGGCUAAGAUGCCAUUGCGAUUGAUUUGA